AUGUUCAUCGGCUUCGUCACGGGAAUCGUCGUUUUAGCGGGGAUCAAAUACCUUCAGAGGAGGCGACAUGCGCAGCGCGUUCGCAAGAUGGUGGAUCUCGCGAUGAUGUCGUGCGUCAACAAGGAGGACCUGAGAAAGCUCAUACCCAAAGAGCUAUACCCCACCUGGGUGCAGUUUCCGGAGUUCGAGCGGGUCGAGUGGAUUAACUACUUCCUCCGUGAACUGUGGCCCAAGCUCAGAGAGGCGAUAUCAGGCGCGGUGAUGAUGCAGAUAGGGCCCGUGCUGGAGAGCUACCGUCCGCCCAUGAUCUCCUCGCUCAAGCUCACCAAGUUCAACCUCGGCCGCCUGGCCCCGCAGCUCGGAGGCAUAGACGUGGUGGAGACGAGGGCGGACGAGGUGGUGCUGCAUGUGGACUUCAACUGGGUGGGCGAUCCCUCCAUCAUCCUCUCCAUCAAGACGCUCGUCGGCGUCGCGCUGCAAGUGCAGGUGAAGAACCUUCAAAUAUGGGGAGUGUUUCGCGUGGCCCUCACGCCCCUCAUCCCCAGCAUCCCCUGCUUUGGCGCCGUCGUCUUUGCCUUCACCAAGAAGCCCGAGAUCAAGUUCAAGUUGAAGGUGGCGGGGGGUGACAUCGCAUCCGUGCCUGGCUUGGGCGAUGCCAUUGAUGAUCUGAUUCGAACAGCCAUCAUGGAUUCACUGGUCUGGCCGGUGCGCCAUGUCAUCCCCAUCGUGCCCGGCAACUAUGAGUACCUACAGAUGCGCACAGUGGGCGUGUUGGAGGUGAAGCUGGUGGAGGGCAGGGACCUGGUGAACCUGUCCCUGCUCGGCACCAUCGACCCCUACGCCACGCUCUUCGUGCGCCCCAUGCCCUCCCGCACCCGCCGCAGCCGCACCAUUGCCAACUCCGUGAACCCGCUGUGGAACCACUCGUUUGACUUCAAGGUGGAGGACCCGGAGACACAGAGACUCGUCAUCAAGGUGUGGGACGACCAGGAGCUGACAGCGUCUGUGCCCGUUGGGCAGGCGGCCAUUGUACUGGCGGAGCUUCCGCCACUGAAGCUGGUGGACCAGUGGGUGCCCGUGGUCAAGGACGUGGACGACCCCAAGGCUGACACCCGCCCCCGCGGCUCGCUGCAUCUGGAGCUGCUAUACCGCCCUGUGGACGAGAAUGGGGUGCUGCUCGCCCCGACCUACUUCACCCCGCCAGCGCCCAAGACACUCCAAGAGGCAGCAGCAGCAGCCAACGCUGCAGAGGCACGGAAAAUGCGGCAGGCGGGCGUGGGAUUCCUGAGCCCAAUCAAGGCGCAGCAGCAGGAGGAGGGCGAGGGGGUGGAUGAUGUGCCGGCGAUGGCUCUGGGUGGGGAUCAGGGGGGGUUGGGAGUGGAGGACGGGGACAAGAAGUACUUGAGAGGCGUGCUGCAGGUGGUGCUGCUGUCGGGGCGUGAGCUCAUGGCGUGUGAUAUGAAUGGGCUCAGUGACCCGUUUGCUGUGCUUGAGCUGCAGCUGGGGGGGCAGAGGAGGAAGUCACGGGUGGUGAAGAAGACGUUGGAGCCGGAGUGGAAUGAGAACUUUGAGUUCCUCGUGGAGGACGGCAAGCAUGACAUGCUCGUGGUGGGGCUCUUCGACCAUGACCUGCUCGGCAAGAAGGAUAACAUGGGUCGGUUGGGAGUGAGUCUGACAAGAGUAAUGAUGGAGGGGCAUAUUGAGAACGAGUUCCAACUAAUGGAUGUGCCUCACGGAUGGUUAAAGCUGAAGCUAACAUGGAAGCCUGUACCAUAG